GACUUUGUCUCAUUUGUCAAAAAAUGAUUAAUUUUUAGGUUAGAGCAUAAAUUAAUAAAAUUUUAUUAUUGCAGUAACAACUGGUUCUCCUUACCAAAAAUGGCAUCAUUAAAUAAUGUUUUAUUGAGGACCCAAACACCUUUUUUGGUUGCAAAAAGAUUCCGUGGAAAGAUAAAUAUUCAAAAACCUCGAAAACCUCACUUCGAAAGACAACUACUUAUCGAUGUUUCCAAACCAGUGUAUGGACCACCAAAAAGUUCUUUGCCAGAGAUAGUCCUGUGUGGGUCAUUAAUUAACAGGAAGAAAAAAGAAAUUGAUAAUCCAUUUGAAAGAAUUCUGGCUAAAGAAUGUCUCGAUUGGUUUAACACAUCUAAAAUGGUGGUAUUUUUGCAUAUGAAUGCUAUAAGCAUGGAAGAUAAAACUCCAGUCUUUGCUGCUCUGAGGAAAAAUGAUAUGCAUUUAAGGUGUUAUGGGAAGAAGAUAGUGAGUAUGGCUACUAAGGGAACCCGCUAUGAAGCAGUUAAUCAGCUGUUCACUUCUCAUCAAAACAUAAUAUUUGGUCAGCCAGAAAAUGCUGGGAAGCUCUUUAAAAUAUUAAAAAAGACACCUCAAAUGGUUGUAAUGGCGGGAAUAAUUCAAGAUAGAUUUAUGUCACGAACUGAGCUGGUUGAAUACAGUCAACUGCCAUCUCUAGAAGCAGCUAGAAGUCAACUUUGCUCUGUCCUGGAGAGUGCUGGAUCAAGCUUAGUCAGAAACUUAAACCUUGGCCCACAGACUCUCGUGUCUCAUCUAGAGAAGCAUGUUGAACUACAGAACAAACCUGUUAAAUCUGACAGUUGAAUAUAGCAUUUAUAUUAUAAUGUGUAUUAGAUUAUUAUAGCUUUGUAAUAAAAUUGUUACAUAGGUA